AUGGUGGCAAGUUACUCUGAGAUUGGCAAGAAUGCCCGUGAGGUGCUGCUCGGCGGGCGCGAGGGCCUUUACCAGUUCGACCAAAAGCUUGCGUUGAGCACCAAGACCGCCGACGGCGUGUCGUUGGCCCUAUCGGCUAUCAACAAGGGCGAGAAGGCGGAUCUGAGCCUCAAGAGCUCUUACAACUACAAGAACUACGGCCUCACCGCGCUCUUCAAGACGUCGACCGACAAGAUCGACGUGACCACCAACAUCGACAACCUCGCGCCCGGCCUGAAGGCCACCAUCCACGCCACCCUGCCGGACUCGCAGUCAGGCGGCAGGCGACUCCAGGCGGUCGGGUGGGGGCGAGGAGGCCCGCGGCCGCAGGGCCCGGCGCGGCCGGAGGCGGGCGGCGUCUGGGUUGGGGGUGUGGAAAGUGGCGCGCCGGCGGCGCAGCGGGCGGGGCGGGGGCCGCCGGCGAGGGGCGCGCAGAGUGCCAACGCCGGCGCGGGCGGCUGCUGGAACACAGCGUCGGCUGCCCUCACAAGGGCUCUUGGCCCCCUGGUCUGUGCGGGUGCGGCCGCCUGCCCACCCUGA